AUGCCGGAGCCAAGCGCCGUGUGGCUGGUGGACAUCAGCAAGACCAUCGAAUCCGCCAUUGGCGCUCUCGCGCGCGCUAACCUCGAUGCUAAGAGCCACAACGGCAGAGUACAACUUGUACUCGUUACAGUCACAGCAGGCAUGAGCGGGAGUGCCUCACCAGCGCACGGCAUGGCGGGGAAGAUGUCAUUCGCGCGGCAGCUGCAGGCACAGGCGACGAAGAGCGAGGAGGACGAGGUCUACCCCACCUCCGGCCACAAGCAGAGCGCUGCAGACCUUGCCUCGCCCUCGGCGCGUCCGGCCAUCACGAUGCACACAGAGGCGGCAGAGGCACGCCCCGCCAUCACGAUGCACACAGAGGCAGCGGAGGCAGUGGGAGCGAGGGAUGUGCAUCGCAGCUGUCAAGUUGCAAUAUUUUCAUUCUCUCUUCGUGCCUUUCGACCACCCCCCUCCUCCCCACCACUGCGGUGCUGUGUUCCUCCUCUCCUUGUCCGUCCCUCUAACCCACAGACACGCCCAGCCAUUACGAUGCACACGGAGGCAGCGGAGGCAUGGGAGAGAGGGCUGUGCAUCGCAGCCGUCAAGUUCAAGGCGCAGCGGCUCUACAUCAGUAACACGCCGCCCCUAAGAAGGCAAGGUGCGUGGCCUCCCUCUUCCCUGUGCCGACUUAGACCGCGAACCAGCCGUGAGUCGUCUCAGCGGAUCAAGGUGCAGCGGCUCUACAUCAGCAACACGCCGCCCCCUAAGAAGGCCAGAGCCGCUGAAAGGGUCAGGUCAGGAUUCAUUAUGCCGCCUCUUCUGCUCCCUUUCCCCUGCGCCUCCUGCAGUCGGCGCCUGUUCCGGAAGCAUGAGCCUGCACCAAUCAUGGAUUUCCCGCUGGACCUCCUCCCCUCCACCUGCACGCUGCUCAUCCCCAAGGCCGACAAGCUCAUCACGCUCCAGGGCCACCUCAACGCAUCCGCACUGUCCAUCGAAACCCUCCUCCUGAUCAACGGCCUCAGUGCUCCCUCAGCGCUGCACAGCUUCAACGGCAGCAGAGGCCCGUCGCCCUCCCGCAAGGGCCUGCCUCCUCUCUCCCCUCGAGGUUUCACCCCGCGCCUCUUCUCCCCGCGUACAGCCUCCCCCACUGAUACCACUGACCCCCAGCUGGGGAACCCCCACCACCAGGCGAAUUCUGCUUUUCAAGGGAAUUCCCUCCAAGGGGUUUCCCACCGUGCGGAGGUGUAUCGGCCGGGAUUGCCGCCGUCGCCGCCAGCUGUUUGCUCGCCGUCCACUGCAGCAGCCGUGGCGUAUUCUGCCGCACUGGCCUCAGGCCCAACAGGCACUUCAUCGCUCUCCUCAUCAGCAGCCGCAGCAGCAGCAGGAGCAGCAGGGGUGACUGGGAUCGACCCGCGUGUGCAACCCCCAUCUCCGCGCAUCCACUUCCGCCCCUUCAACGUGUCGGCCUCGUUCGCCUCGCGCUCCAUCAAGCGUCGCAUCCCCUCCGCCUCCAUGCGCGCUGCCUUUGUGCGCCGCAUGCUCAGCCCCAGCGGUGCCCGCCGCGGCAGGGCAGCGGGCGCUGACAGCUCUGACGGUGACGACAGCAGUGGCAUCGGCAGCAGCCACCACUUUUUCAACCGUGCUAGAGGGUUCUCCCUCAGUGGCAGUUUCGGCAGCCACAGCAGGGUCAGUGCUGGGGCAUCUGGAGCAGCUGCUGGUGCUGGUGCUGGUGGUGGUGCUGGCGCUGGUGGUGGUGCUGGUAGUGGGGAGCUGCUGAGGGCGCGGCUGCAGAGGCAGAACUCGUUUUCCAAUCUCGAGGCUCUCAUGGCUGCUGGCACUUGCUCCGGCACCUUUGCUGUCGGCUCCGGCGCCCCCCUGCUCGGCACUGGCGGUUACUACGGUGACACUGAUUUCCCCACCACUGCUUCUAAUGGUGUCGCUGCCGCUGCUGCUGCUAGUGCUGCUGCUGGUGCUGGAGGUGUUGCUGCUGGUGCCGGUGCGGGUGGGUUCAGUGGGGGUUCGUUGGCAGACGCGGUGCAGAGGGCGGCGAGGGCGGGGGCGAUGGCGGGGAGGGGGCGCAGCAUGAUACCCCAGUCGGAGCCGCUGUGCCUGGGCAUGUCGGCUGCUGUUCUCAUGGACGACUCGGAUGAUGAGGACGAGGAGGAGGAGAGAGGGAGCGAGAUGGGGAGCGAGAGGGGUGAGGAGAGUGGGAGUGAGCGAGGAAGGAGUGAGAAGGCCGGGAGGCUUGGACUACCAUUGAAUCUGGGCGCGCGACCGCCAACACCUCCCAAAUCCCCUGUGGCACGGUCCAUGGCAAGCUGCCCUGUCAGCAGCGCUGCCAGCAUUCCCGAGCUGGAGGAGGGCGAGGAGGAAGAGGACGAGGAGGAUGCAGGGAACAAGGUCCCGCAACGCACCACAGCUAGCCACAGCAUGAGCAUGGCACAGCCUGCGCAUCAAGCCAGCUUCACGGGCUCGGAUAGAGGUUCGGCUGGACCGUCUCCUCCAUCCAACCCGCCCGCCACACCACCCCGGACUCACAUUUCCUCUCGCGCGUUUCCCAACCGCCCCUCUCCACCAUCUGCCCUCUCUGCCCUCCCCAAUUCUCCUCCUAUUUCCACUUCCUCCAAAUCGCCUCCCCCUCAGGCACCCAUAGCCCUUCUCAUCCCCAGCAACCCUCUUGAGACUCUUGAGACGGCGUUCAGCAGCCCACGGUUAUCCCUCUCACCGUCCAGCCCCCAUUACUCUGCGCAAGCUCCCACCACCCCUCGCCUGCCCAAGUCACCUGGUACCCCCACCAGCUUUCCCACCCAAGCACCCACCACGCCUCGCCUACCCAAGGCGUUUUCCAACCCCAACCCGCCCACAACCCCACCCGGACUUGCCCUGACCAAAUCCUCCUCCAUCUCGGUUCUUGCCCAGCUGCCCUCCAGCCCUAAGGGUGUGUUGGGUGCCGUGCACAUGCCCUCCACCCCUCUGGGUGUGCUGGGGCUGCGCACAUGCCAUGCACCCCUGAGGCCAUGCAGUUGCCCUCCACGCCUCGGCCUGCGCUGGCACCUCUGUGUGGGGCAGCCCUUGACUUGUCUCACGACUCGCCUCAGGAGUCGCUUCAAGACUCCGCAUACGCUUCUCUCCCCGAGGUGGAGAGCCCCUGCAGCAUCAGCAGCCGCAGCAGCAGCGGCGGUACCACCAUAUUCCUCCUCCAGCAGCCUCUCAGCCUGGUCGCCUGCUCGCUCUGAGGCCAGCAGUGCCUCCCUUCUCUUCCGAACCGAAUCCCGAACCUCCACCGAGUCCUCCCGACCCUCCACCGAGUGCCGGACCUUCUCCCGAGCCGAGAUCCUCCAGGCCACCGACCACUUCUCCCCGAAAACCAUCCUCACUAAAACCUGCCCCGAGGAGCGCUGCAUAGUCUACGAGCACCUCCCAGGCGGCUCCCUCCUCGAGCGCCUCGCCAAAACCCCCGGCACCAAGCCGUGGGCCCCGCUGACAUGGCACGACCGGAUCCGCGUGUCGUGCGAGCUGGCGGCAGCCCUGGUGUUCCUCCACUGCCACGACCCGCCAUCGUCCACGGGGACUUGCGUCCGGAAAAUAUCCUUCUGGACCGAAACAAGCGCAGCAAGGUGGGCGAUGUGGGGAUUGCUCAGUUCGUGGCAGGGCGAUGUGCUGCCUGAAACGUGGCGUCUGUCUGGGUCUGUCGGGUACAUAGACCCGUCUGAGAUGCAGACCGGGGAGGUGACGGGGAGGAGCGAUGUGUAUGCGCUGGGGUUGAUAAUCCUCCAGCUGCUUCUUGGGCAGCCGAAUAUCCGCGCGCUGCACAAGCAGCUGAUGCCAUUCAAGCGGGCGGGCGGGGCGGUGGAGGCAGCCGUUGAUGAGCUGAUGUGCUGUUUGGAUCCUGCGGCUGGGAUUUGGCCGCGGAAGGUGGCUGAGAGGAUGCUGGCAAUGGCGCUGCUGUGCGUGCUGAACGAUGCUGAGGCCCGGCCGGACUUUGUGGGGUGUGUGUUUCCGGAGCUGAGGCAUGUGGGGCAGUGGGCGAGGCGGAGAGGAAGAGGCGGUGCCCGGGGCAGGAGGAGAAGCUGA